AUUGCUGUCAAAUGUCAAUAUAUUUAAUUUUUAGAAAAAGUAUGAAAGGGAGCCGGUCCCUCGUGUUAAUUAUUAAUAAAGAAACUUUAACGUUUUCUUAACGAAAUAAUUAUUAAUAGUAUCUUCUAAUCAACCAAAGUUAAUUAUUUUGACUGUCAUCAAAACAAAAGAUGGUUGUGUUUUGAAGUAUUCAAAAGUUUCAUAAUUUACAUUCAUAAUUUUCCUCCAAAAAAAGACUGUUUUGCAUCAUUACUUUUAGUGUUUUAGUGAAGUUGUAUCUAAAAAAUGAUUAGAAUUAUCCAAAUAUCAAAAAAUUUGACUGUUAAUCAUUCUAGAAAUAGUAUUUUACGAUGUUCCACUCAGUCGACGAUUAAAACAAUUUUAAAUAGAUCAAACACUAUUAGAUCCUUAUCAGACAAAUGUGACGACGAUCGUAAAAAGAAGGUAGGUGAUAAACCCGAAAAAGGCUGCGUCCAAUCCCAUCCUUCUUCCAUUAAACCCGCCGAAUGUAAAACUGAUCAACCAACUUCCGGAGUUAAACUGAAAGAUUGCAAUCCUAUUGUUAUUAACCCAUGCAAAACACCCGUUAUUCCGCAAAUACCAUCACUUAAAGAUUGUCAUCCUACAAAUUUGAUGAGUGAAAUACCGGAACCGGCCGGGAACUGGGAGGAAAAGGAUAGUAUGGUUAGAAAACAAAAUAGAAGGUGGUUACUUUUGGGUUUAUUGUUUACUGCUUUUACCGUUGGUACAAUUUUUUAUAUUAAUCCAUUGAAAAAGGAGGAAGAGAUAAAAAUAGAUGAUGGGAAAAAGAAAGAGAAAAAGAACAAAUAUCCUGCGUCUUCAAAAGAUAUACCGAAGGAUGUGCCUUAUUUAUUGAUAGGAGGAGGUACUGCUUCUUUUAGCGCAUUCCGUUCAAUCAAAACUAGAGAUCCUACUGCUAAAGUACUAAUGAUAUCAAACGACUUGUUCUACCCUUAUAUGCGUCCCCCGUUGUCUAAAGAAAUAUGGUAUAACGAUGAAGAAUCUGCUAAAAACUAUUUUUUCAAACAGUGGAAUGGUUCGCAAAGGAGUAUAUUUUAUGAACCCGACAACUUUUAUACCGAAUGUAAAGAUUUAGAAUCUAGUGAAAAUGGUGGUUUAGCGGUAGCUAGAGGUUGGACUAUAAAAAAAUUAGAUGUAAUAGAAAAUAUCGCAUAUUUAGAUGACGGAGCGGAAAUCCGGUACGGAAAAUGUCUCAUAGCUACAGGUGCCAAACCCAAUUUUUCACCGGUAUUCGCAAAUGCAUCGACCGAUCCUAAAUUGAAAGAUUUGAUAAGGUCUUAUAGGAACAUAACCGAUUUUGAAGAAUUGUAUGAUAUGUUUAAAAAAGCUAAAACUGUAGCUAUAGUCGGAGGUGGAUUUUUGGGAAGCGAAUUGGCUUGCGCUUUGGGUAAAAAAGCUAAAGAUGAAAAGGGUGAACCUAAAAAAGUGUAUCAAAUAUUCCGAGAAUCCGGAAACAUGGGCAAAGUGCUACCGGAAUAUCUUUCUCUUUGGUCAACGGACAAAGUGCAAGAUGAAGGAGCCAUUGUUUUGUCAAAAACUGAAGUUGUGGGUGUAAGAAGUGACGGUAAAGAAGGUUUAACGUUGACCCUAAACAAUGGUAAAACUAUGGAUGUUGAUUUCGUAAUAGUGGCGAUGGGCGUAACGCCCAACACAGAUUUAGCGGAAGAAUCCGAUUUGGAAGUAGACCCCGAAUUAGGCGGAUUUUUAGUUAAUACGGAAUUACAAGCGAGAACCGACGUUUACAUCGCUGGCGAUUGCGCAUGUUUCUACGAUACGAAAUUGGGCCGUCGACGUUUCGAACACCACGACCACGCCGUCGUCACGGGGAAAUUAGCUGGAGAAAAUAUGACUGGCGGUCGUCAACCGUAUUUACAUCAAAGUAUGUUUUGGUCCGAUCUAGGACCGGACGUAGGUUACGAGGCGAUCGGUAUAGUGGAUUCUUCUUUACCUACGGUAGCAGUAUUCGCGAAAGCAACCGAUAAGGAUAAUCCCAAGGCAGUGGUGACCGCAACCGAUGAAGGAAUCAGAUCUAAAACCGAGGAGAUCCCUCAGGAAUGCGAUAAAAAUUUGUCGGAAAAACAAAAACAAGAAAUGGCAGUGGUGAGACAACCACUCAGUAUACCGAAAAUAUCUGAAGGUGAAGAUUUUGGUAAAGGUAUCGUCUUUUACCUAAGAGACGACGUAGUGGUCGGUAUACUGUUGUGGAACAUCUAUAAUAGAAUGAAUGUAGCUAGACAAGUUUUGAUGGAUCACAAAAAAUACGAAGAUCUUAACGACGUUGCCAAGUUGUUUAACAUACACGAAACUACAGAUGAAACAACUAACGACGAAACUACUAAUGAUGAAACUAAAUAAAACAAAUCUACCCAUGGACAAAAUGACGUCGUUAAACAUUGGAAUAUGUGAGUGUUUAAGGUUGACAAUGCGGCGGGAGAAAAUGCAUUUUUUACAAACAAACUGUCACUUGUCAUAUACUAUAAUUUGGUUUUGUUGAUUGUUGUAUUUUUGGAAAAACAUACGUUUCGUUAAUAAAAUUUUUAUGAAAUAGAUCAAA